CUGCAAUGGAGAGAAGUGCUGGAUGACUGGCAGCCCUUUGGACCGGAAGUCCCUCCUCUGGCUUCCACCUCCCCCACAUCCAACCCCUACCAACCGGAAGUGGAUCCUCACCUAAAGCAUCCACUUCUCUCGCAAGGACAUAGACUCACUAGCCAGCAUGAGUUUUGCUGCCCAAGAUAUGGACCCGUCUCACCUAGACUCCUAUCCCACUGGCGAGAAUUCUGAGCCUGCAGGCCUAGACUGCAGCUCCACCAGCGCCAACUACUUCUCCACAAACCAAGGCCUAGACUCUCUCUACCAAGAGCUGGACCUGGACUCCCUGGAUGAAGACGUGUCCCUGUCUGUCCCAGAUGCCAUGGCAGAGCCCUCUGUAUCCACAUAUGAAUCCUGUCCAGCUUCAGAACUAGACUUGACAGAGGCUGAACAAAUAGAGCUCAAAUCUGAGCUCACUAAAUUGGAGGAAGAGAUCCUAACGUUACGCAGCGUGCUGGCUGCCAAAGAGAAGCGAUGUGGGGAACUCAGGAGGAAGUUAGGAUGCAUGGCCUUGGUGGGACUGAGGCACAGUCUGUCCAUGAGCUGGCAUGAUGUCCAGGCCUCCAACACCUGCAUGAAGCAAAAGACUUCAUCUGCCCUAUCCUCGGUGGGCUCUGCCAUCUGCAGGAAGCUUGAAGACGUGAAGAAGUCGUCCACCUUCAGGUCUCUUGAGGGGCUGAUGGAGACAGUCAAGUCAAGAGUUGCAGGGGGCAAAGAGCUUGGCAGUGUCCUUCUUUCUUCACCAGCGAGUGGCAGUGAGCCACAAUCAGUUCCAGGGAGUGGCUAUGAAACGAUUCCGGGGCUCGGAGAUCAACUGCUUUCUGUCCUGAAGCCAGAGUAAGGCCUUUUUUGGCCUUGCUUGACUGCCAAACCAGUACAGAAAUCCUCUUCCAUUAACACACUUGCCAAACAAAACAAUCAAGCAACCAACAAUGGUAAAGCUAUUAUAAUUCUG